UUCCAGUUAGUUUCUGCUCUUCUCUCUUACAGUCUCUCUAGUUCCUAUAGUGUAAGGUAUAUACGGAGUAAAUAAACCUACAACGAACGGAUUCAAUUCAGGUUUUGGAUAGAAUAAUGUUAGAAGGGGUUGUACAUCUGCACUGAAUAUGUGAGCUCUCAGAUGAAAUGAUGAAUCUGCAAAGAGUUCUGGAGUAUCAAAGUCCAACCCUGGCAAUCAUUCACCAAACUUUACCAAAUGUAAGACGAGGAACAAUUGACCUAAUUUAUUAAAACUGAGUGUGGAUAAAUAUGAGACUUGAAACAUUUCUCCUCCUCCUCCUGCUCGUCUACUAUGGUGAGGGUAGGGAGAGAUAUGUAUCAAGAGGAGAUCAGGGCCCGGAUGAUGAAAACUCACAAUCUGCGUCCAUCAGAGUUUCUCCAGGAGGACCAAAUGUUUGUCGAACCCGGAGUCGAAGUGAGUGCUGUCCUGGUUGGAAGAUCAAGGGGGUGACAGGACUCUGUCUGUCUCCGAUAUGUAAUAAUAACUGUGGAGAUAAUGGUAAAUGUGUGAAACCAAAUAUCUGUAUCUGUGAGGAUGGAAAGAUAUCUCCGACCUGCUCCGGGGAUGCUAGAGAUACAGGAGACUGCAGAGCAACCUGUCUGAACGGUGGAACCUGUUCAGAAGGAAAAUGUAUCUGUAGAACAGGAUAUUCAGGAGAAUUCUGCCAGGAUCCUGUAUGUAGUAGGAGCUGUAAGAAUAGUGGACGAUGUAUUGGGCCCAACCGCUGUGCUUGUGUUUAUGGUUACACAGGAAGAUAUUGUGAGAUAGAUUACAGAACUGGUCCUUGCUACCGACGGAUACAGGACGGACAAUGUCGAGGUUCUCUCCAGGGUGUAGUUUGCACACGGCAGCUCUGCUGUGCUACUAUAGGAAAGGCAUGGGGACAUCCUUGUGAGAAAUGUCCUGAUAGAUUAGAAUGCAAAACAGGGUUUCUCAAAAAUGUCCACACCGGGAAGUGUAUGGAUAUAGAUGAAUGUGAAGCUAUACCAGGAUUAUGUAACGGUGGAGUUUGUUUAAACAGUGUGGGUUCCUUCUCCUGUGAGUGUCCUCCAGGUACUGUUGUAGAUGAGAACCAUGAGUGUGUUGACGAGGACGAAUGUGAGACUGGAAACAACUCUUGUUACAAUGGUAGAUGUGUAAACAUGGAUCCAGGAUACUCCUGCAUCUGUCAACCUGGUUUUAUCUCUACCCAGGAUAGAAGAUCUUGUCUGGACGGAAGACAGGGAACCUGCUUCACAUCCUUUACUGCAGCUGGACAGUGUGUCAAUGAUAUGAGCUUUAAGCUCUCAAGGAUAGAUUGCUGCUGCGGACAGACUAUGGGAGAAGGAUGGAAAUUCAAUCCUGGAGAUUUAUGUGAGCCCUGUCCAUCCCGGGGAACCAGUGAGUUUAAUAUUCUUUGUAAGGAAGCUCUCUCUAUAUUGUCUCCGUCAGAUAUUGAUGAGUGCUCUCUACGCCAGGAUCUCUGUGAUAAUGGAGUUUGUAUUAACACAGACUCCGGAUAUAGUUGUGAGUGUAAGGACGGAUACGAAAUUACCGCGUCAGGACAAUGUAAGGAUAAGAACGAAUGUCUGACAGGAAUGUGUUCAGGAGGAACCUGUCGAAACCGUGACGGAGGGUUUGACUGUUUGUGUCCUUUAGGUUUCCAUCCGAGCUCCAAUGGAACCCAAUGUAUAGAUCAUAACGAGUGCGGACAAACUGGGAUGUGUUCCAACGGAAUCUGUACAAACUCAGACGGAUCUUUCAAAUGUGAAUGUAAACCUGGAUACAAAAUCUCUCCAUCAGGAUUAAGCUGUGUUGACGUGGAUGAAUGUUAUGAGAAUCCAAUGAUUUGUUUGAAAGGCCAAUGUAAGAAUAUCCCUGGAUCCUACGUCUGUUUAUGUGAGGACGGUUUUGAACAUUCAUCUGAUGGUAGUUUCUGUCGAGAUCUCAACGAAUGCUCUCAAGCAGGAAUGUGUGAAAACGGACGCUGUGUGAAUAUGGAUGGAAGCUUCAAGUGUAUGUGUGAUCCUGGAUAUCAGUUAGCAAGCAACGGAAAGACCUGCGAGGAUGUGAACGAAUGUGCCAGUAACCCUUGUCAGGGUGGGAGUUGUACUAACUCCGAGGGUGGAUAUAUGUGCCAGUGUUUGCCAGGGUUUUCUUUAGGUCCUGAUAGUAAGACAUGUACAGAGACAGUUCAAGGGGUGUGCUAUGCAAUGUUCAGAGAUGGACGUUGCAUUAAUCCAUCCUCAACCCAGGUUUCUAAAUCAACAUGUUGCUGUUGUACAGCAUCCUUCUCUCAUCCAAUGGGUUGGGGUAAUCCUUGCUCCGCCUGUCCUACUCCAGGUUCAUCUGAGUUUAAUCAGCUCUGUCCUCAUGGUUCUGGGUUUACUAACGGAGGAAAUGAUAUCAACGAGUGUGCUCAGAACCCUGAAAUCUGUGGAAAAGGAGCAUGUGAGAAUCUGAUCGGAUCCUACAGGUGUAUAUGCAACCAAGGAUAUGAAGUUGAUGUAUCAGGGAAGAGUUGUGUUGAUAAGGAUGAAUGCGCUCUGGAUCCAUUAAUCUGUAAUGGAGGUCAGUGUAAGAAUACUCUUGGAAGCUUUCAAUGCAUCUGUCCAACCGGAACCGUUUAUAAUGAGAAAAAUCAUUUCUGCGAGGAUGAGGAUGAAUGCAGGAACCUGAAUCAGGACGCGUGCUCCGGUGGAACCUGUAUCAAUACUCAGGGCAGUUACAGAUGUGAAUGCUCCUCUGGGUUUGUACUUGACUCUACAGGAAGGUUCUGUAUUGACUCAAGGAAAGGAACUUGCUGGACAGAUAUUACCUCCGGGCAGUGUGAGAACAGCCUCUCAAGCCUAACUCUAAAGUCUGAGUGUUGCUGUUCUGUAGGAGUAGGUUGGGGUAGUCCUUGUGAGCCUUGUGAUAGGUCUGGAUGCGAGUGUUUACCUGGAAUGGCAAAAACUGAUGGGAAAACUUGUCUUGACAUUAAUGAAUGCUUGAUGGAUCCGAAUCUAUGCGAGGGCGGACGUUGUGUAAACACAGAUGGAAGUUUUACCUGCUCCUGCCCUCCAGGACUAACCCUAGAUGAAACGGGACUGAAAUGUACAGACACAAGAGAAGAAUCAUGUUACCUUGAUUACAGGGUUGGGAUGUGUAGAAGAGAGUUAGAGGGUCGGUAUAAAAAGGAAAUGUGUUGCUGUACUAUUGGAGAGGCCUGGGGAAACAAGUGUACUCAAUGCCCUAAACCUGGAUCCCAAGAUUUUGACAGCUUGUGUCGGAAAGGACAUGGAUAUGUCGAGUUGACUGAUGUAAAUGAGUGUACCGAGUUCCCUGAUAUGUGCAUGAAUGGACGAUGUAAAAACUCUGUUGGAUCCUUCAGCUGUAGAUGCAAUCAGGGAUAUGUUCUAGAUGAGGACGGAAUUAAAUGUGUAGAUAUAGAUGAAUGCAGUAUAAUGCGUGGAGUUUGCGGGAAUGGAAUCUGUCUAAAUACCCCGGGUGGGUUCACAUGUGAUUGUGAUGCCGGGUUUGAGAUGUUGAUGAUGAUGCAAGUAUGUAUGGAUAUAAAUGAGUGUGAGAGAGAUAGAUCUCUCUGCCAAGGAGGAAGAUGUAUUAAUACUCCAGGAUCCUUUGAAUGUGAGUGCCCUCCCGGUCAUGAACUAACCAGUGACGGACGAAAUUGCAAAGACGUGGACGAGUGUAGCAGAACGAGUGGAAUAUGCUCAAAGGGAGUGUGUGAGAAUAUGAUGGGAACCUACCAAUGUAUCUGCGAUGAAGGUUACAGUCAGGUUGGAGGAGGUUUAUCCUGUCAGGACGUAGAUGAAUGCUCCAAUAACAAUGGAGGUUGUGAUGAUAUUUGUAUAAACUCUCCUGGUGCGUAUUCAUGCAGUUGCAACUCCGGGUACAUGCUUUUACUGGAUGGACGGAGUUGUGUGGAUAUAGACGAGUGCACGACACUAUCAGAUCCUUGUAACGGAGGGAAAUGUAUGAAUACUCCUGGAAGCUACUCCUGUGUAUGCUCGGGGGGUUUAAUGAUGGGAUCGGAGGCAACAUCCUGCAUAGAUCUGGAUGAAUGCAUAAUUGACCCGGAUGUUUGUUUGAACGGAAAGUGUGAGAAUGUUCUAGGUUCCUACAAAUGUUUGUGCGAUGAUGGGUUUUCAGUCCAAGAAUCCUUGGCCGACGGCUGUAUUGAUGAUGACGAAUGUGAGUUGGAUAUCUAUCAUUGUGAUCCGUUUGCAGAGUGCAAGAACACUAAUGGAUCCUAUGAUUGUAUCUGCAGAGAAGGAUUUACUGGAGAUGGUUUUAAUUGCCAGGAUAUAAAUGAAUGUCUGAAGGAUAACGGUGGAUGUGAUCAAGAUGCUCAAUGUAUAAACACAGAUGGAGGAUUUAGAUGUGAGUGUGAUGAGGGGUUUCUAGGAGAUGGAUAUAACUGUGAGGAUAUUGAUGAGUGUACUCAGGAUACAUCACAUUGUAAACAUGGAAAAUGUGUCAACUACGGAGGAUCGUUCCGUUGUGAUUGCAAUAUGGGAUACAUGCAUCCCUCCAGUAGAGAUGAACAGCACUGUGUUGAUAUUGAGGAAUGUGACAUGUUCGAUAAUCUCUGUGUGUUUGGUCGAUGUGAGAACACACAGGGAGGGUUCGAGUGUAUCUGUGAUCCUGGUUACAUCUUAGAUAAUACUGGAGGAAACUGCACAGAUAUAAAUGAAUGUGAAGACCCUCAGUCUUGUAUGUAUGGAGAAUGUAUAAACACUGAAGGUGGACAUGAUUGUAUCUGUCCUCCAGGGUUUGAUCAACUCCCUACUGGGAACGGUUGUGUAGACAAGAGACGAGGAGCUUGUUUCCUGGAGUUUAUGACAUCUCCAACAGGGAAGAACGUAUGCGGGAGAAGGUUGGGUGAGGAGACAGGACGCUCAGCAUGUUGUUGUGGUUCAGGGAAGGCCUGGGGACCACAGUGUGAAGAAUGUCCGUCUCCAGGUACUGAAGAGUAUAAACUAGUGUGUCCAGGAGGAAAUGGAUUUAAACCUAACGAGGAGACGGUUAUCCUAGAAGAUAUUAAUGAAUGUAUGGAUAUGGUAAACUUGUGCGAUCAUGGCCGUUGCAGCAAUACUUUCGGAAGCUUCAUGUGUACCUGCAGAUCAGGGUUCAGAUUAGACGAUGCUCACAUGAUGUGUGUAGAUAUAAACGAGUGUGCUGAAACCCCUAGUUUAUGUUCUCCAGGUGUGUGUGUGAACACGGAGGGAGGAUAUGAAUGUGAGUGUCCUCUAAGCUACAUGUUAUCUCCGGAUGGUAAGGAAUGUGUAGACAUGAGGAAGGAAAACUGUUAUAUGAAACAUAUAAACGGAACAUGCUCUGCACCAAUGUCCCGUCCUCAAACAAGAAUGGUGUGUUGCUGCUCUAUGGGAGCAGGUUGGGGUGACACUUGUGAGAAAUGUCCCGGAGAGGGAACCAAGAACCACCGGGAGCUCUGUGGUCUGGGAGGACCAGGAUUAAUGGUUGAUCCUAUGACCGGGAGCAUGACCGAGAUAAAUGAAUGCGAGCUAAUGCCUGGAACCUGUCAACAUGGAACCUGCAUGAAUACAAUCGGUAGCUUCAAGUGUGAUUGUAAUCCUGGAUAUGAGUUUGAUGAAGAUUCACACCAGUGUAUAGACCGGAAUGAGUGUUUGCUUGGAACUAAUCCUUGUUCUGGUAAUGCUGAAUGCGUGAAUAUCCCUGGUAGUUUUCUGUGUAGAUGUCCUGGUGGAUACAAGCUGGAUACAACAGGCCGUGAAUGUCAGGAUAUCGAUGAAUGUAAAGAUAUCCUUGGAAUAUGUGAGAAAGGUAAAUGUAAGAACAACGGGGGAAGUUUCCAAUGUAUCUGCGAGGAAGGAUUUACUCUGAACCAGAACCGUGACUCCUGUGUUGAUAUUGACGAGUGCUGGACGAAUCCAAGUGCAUGCGGAAACGGAACCUGUCUGAAUCAGUUCGGAGGAUACACAUGCAGAUGCAACCCUGGCUUUCAGCUAGGCUCAAGGAACGAUUGUCAGGAUAUUGACGAGUGUCGGAUAAACUAUAAUCUCUGUAAACAUGGACGCUGUAAGAACACGCUUGGAGGUUUUACUUGUGAUUGUGUUAGCGGAUUUACACCAACUGACGACGGAGGAAGUUGUCAGGAUAUAAAUGAAUGUGAUGAUCCGUCCUUCUGUCCUACUCCGGGUAGGUGCCAGAACUUGAUGGGAUCAGCCCUUUGUACAUGUCCUCAGGGGUACACCCUGAACAAAGGACGAACCGUGUGCGAGGAUGUGAAUGAGUGUCUGGUAGACAAGGAUUUCUGCAAGGACGGUUUCUGUAAAAACUUAGAAGGUAGCGCUAGUUGUGAAUGCCCGGCUGGAUGGGUUCUGGACGGAGCCCGUAGGAACUGUAUUGACAAGAGAGAAGGUUCCUGCUUUGAUGAAUACCGUGGAGAGUUUUGUUUAGCUCCACGUCCUGGUCUGAUGAACCAGAGGAACUGCUGCUGUACCCGGGGUAGAGCCUGGGGAUCAGGAGAAGGAGGAGAGUGUGAGGAAUGUCCUAAUCCAGGGUCAACACAAUUUUCUAAACUCUGUCCUCUAGGGAUGGGUCGUGGAGGAUCCGGAGAAGAUUUUAACGAGUGUGAGAUGAUGAGAGGAUUAUGCGAGGGAGGAUCUUGUAUAAAUACUGACGGAUCAUAUCGUUGUAUUUGUCCCAAGGGAUAUGGUCUGGAUCCUACCGGAGCUAAGUGUGUAGAUAUAGAUGAAUGUUUGCAGAGUAGAGCUUGUGGGAAUGGAACUUGUAGAAAUGUUGAGGGUGGGUUUGAGUGCUCCUGCUCAGAUGGUUUUGCUCCUGGUCCUUCAGGAAGCUGUGAGGAUGUGAAUGAAUGUGCUGAUCAAGGUCACGACUGUGCGUUCAGAUGUCACAACCUAGUCGGCAGCUACAAGUGCGUCUGUCCAUAUGGAUACACGCUAGCCCAGGACGGGAAACACUGCAUUGAUCUUGAUGAAUGUAAAACCGAGGCGAACAAUUGUAAAUACCAGUGUAAAAACCUAAUCGGAACUUUUAUCUGUACCUGUCCUCAAGGGUUUAGGAAACCAGGACUCCAGGAUGAAUGUGUUGAUGUGGAUGAAUGCCGCGAGACCCCUGGAAUCUGUGGAUUUGGUAGAUGCUUAAAUACAGCUGGAGGAUAUCAGUGUGAAUGCAAGGAUGGGUAUAAGCUGUCCCAGGACGGAAAGGAGUGCGUGGAUGACCGGAAAGGUGUCUGCUAUCACAGGGUCACAAAUGGCAGAUGCGAGAUUGGAGGACGGGUUCCAGUAACCAGGACGGAUUGUUGCUGUACAAUGGGUUCAGGUUGGGGAGAUAAGUGUGAGAUCUGUCCAGUCCGAGGUUCUGGAGAGUUUAAUAAACUCUGCCAAUCUUCAGGGUUGAACAGUUUAGGACGAGAUAUAGACGAGUGUUCAACCCUCGCUAAUCUUUGUGAAAACGGACAGUGUAUUAAUACCCAGGGAUCAUACAGAUGUAUCUGCCAAAGAGGAUAUAAACCUGACGCUACAAGAACUAAAUGUGAUGACUUUAAUGAGUGCUCAAGGGAACCGAACCCUUGUGAACAUGAAUGUUUGAAUACCUUUGGAUCCUAUAAAUGUGAAUGUCCCCCAGGAUACAUGUUGAACCGUGAUGGACGAACCUGUCGUGACGUGGACGAGUGUUUGACGCGGCAGCAUAGGUGUCAGCACGAGUGCGUGAAUACCGAGGGUAGUUACAGGUGUAUGUGUCCUCCUGGAUAUAUUCAGAUCGGAGAGAGAUGUCUAGAUAUUGAUGAGUGUGUAGAGCAACAGGGUUUGUGCCCGUCUCCAGGUACCUGUAAGAACACAGACGGAAGUUUCAAGUGUGUUUGUCCACGAGGUUUCAGAUUAGACUCCUCUGGAACCUUCUGCGUAGACACGAAUGAAUGCAAUGAUGACUCCAGGUGUGAGGAGGGAUGCAGGAACAGUGCAGGUUCAUAUCAAUGUGGGUGUCCGGAGGGUUUCCAGCUCCAUUUAUACUUUAACCAGUGUGUAGACAAGGAUGAAUGUAACUCAGGACUUAAUCCUUGCGGCAACUCCAAGUGUACGAAUACCAUCGGGAGCUAUGAGUGUGGUUGUCCUACAGGAUACCAAUUCGACUCCGGUCUCUCAAUCUGUAUUCAAUCAGGAGGGGGGUGUAGCAGUGCGCCUUGUGCCUUUGGUUGCUCUCCCACAGGAAACCAGGGAUACAGUUGCCAGUGUCCUAGGGGAUACCAGAGUAUAGGAGACGGACACUGUGUUGCAACAGUUAAUCCAUCAUCAUAUCAGGCUUUAGCGCGAGAUUGGGACUUUCAAGACAUGGACGAGGGGUCGGACGAUUUUAUCUCCACAGAAGGAUGCUUUGCCUGUCAACUUAACGGCGGUUCUAAACCUCAGAGAAGGAAAGGAAGGAGACGGCACAGAAGAGACGCAAACUCUACAGUCAUGGACGAGUUCUUUGAUUUGUUCUCCGAGCCCAAUAGUUUAACAAAGGUUCAUAAUGUAAGGAUUGAUCUAAGUGUUCAACGGGAGCAGACAGAAAACAGAAAACGAGUUCUGCGCCUCCAACCUUCUCGGUCGGAUCUCGUGAACACUUUAAACUAUGUGAUUGUUGAGGAUAGGAGCGGAGAACUGGAACUGAAACGAAGAUCUGGAAUUUGGGGACUUUUCUUCAAAAACAGGGUGAAAACUCCUGGAAACUAUAUGGUUCGGAUACAGGGUGAUCCCAGAAAAGGACCAAACUUUAGUGACAAAUAUAUGAAUACAAUAGUUAACCUAACAGUACUUUAAUAACAUUUCGUCUUUUCGAACAUUAAUAAAAUUCAGACAAGAAA